ACCGCGGAGACGGUCAUACUGCGUCGGCCAUUUGUCUCUGUGAGUGUGACAGAAAAAGUUCUGUGAAAAUCGAACGAGAAUUUCAGCGAGCAGGGCAAAUUAGAACGUCUGAUUAAACUGGAAAAAAUGGGUUCACGCAACGAGUGCCGCAUCUACGUGGGCAAUCUUCCCCCAGAUAUCCGCACUAAGGACAUUCAGGAUCUGUUCCACAAGUUUGGCAAAGUUACGUUUGUGGACCUAAAGAAUCGGCGUGGGCCGCCAUUUGCUUUUGUUGAGUUCGAAGAUGCGCGCGAUGCCGAUGAUGCGGUGAAGGCACGCGAUGGAUACGACUAUGAUGGGUACCGCCUGCGCGUGGAGUUCCCGCGAGGCGGAGGCCCAGGCAGUUAUCGCGGCGGUAACCGCAACGACCGCAGCCGCGACGGCGGCGGUCGCAUGGGUGGUCGUGGACCGCCGGCCAAGCGCUCGCAGUACCGAGUAAUGGUCACAGGAUUGCCCGCCUCCGGGUCGUGGCAGGAUCUCAAGGAUCACAUGCGCGAAGCUGGCGACGUCUGCUUCGCCGACACCUACAAGGAUGGGUCUGGAGUGGUAGAGUUCCUACGUCACGAGGACAUGAAGUACGCUAUCAAAAAGCUGGACGACUCGCGCUUCCGUUCGCAUGAGGGCGAAGUUGCCUACAUUCGGGUGCGCGAAGAUAGCGGUGACAACGACCGUGGUGGCGGCGGUGGCAGCGGAGGAGGUGGCGGCGGCGGAGGCGGAGGCCGUGACUACCGCGACAGAUCGCGCUCACGCUCAUUCUCGUCGAGACCGCGUCGUCGGGGCACACCCACCUACUCCCCAGUGCGACGUCAAUCUUAUUCCAGGUCUCGCUCUCGCUCUAACUAUUAAACACUACCAAGCAUUAUCCAUUAAUCUAUAUUUCUACGAGCAGGAAUUAUUAGGAAAAGCAAGAUAAAUUAAGAAGCCCAUUCAAUAAUUGUUCAAGACCCCGCAUACAUGUCACUUUGUAAAUUGACUGCCCAAACCAUCAGCCAGUUAAUCAAGUUUGAUCAUUCAAGUUCGAAAACUCUCACCGAAGCCAACUAAUUUUAAAACCACUUGCUUUUCCACCUGUAUCACAAGUUCUGAGAAGCAGAAAGGUUCUCUUAAAUUUUAACUCAUCGGGCAUAAUUUGACAAAAACAGUUCAAAAAUGACAACUUUAAACCAGGGAAUUUUUUUUUGGCUACAACUUGGGCAUUCCUUGAUUUGCUGUUGUAUUAAUUUGAGCCUUUGCUCUGCCCCUGCACACUAAAAUUAUAUUAUAAACUAUAUUUUGGCUGCAAAUUCACCAAGCAUAAUUUAUUAGAAUCUACCUUAACGAAACAAGAAACAUCGAUACAGAAUAAAUGUCUAUAAUGAGAGAAUGAAAAGAGCAGAAACCCGAACACAAAACGCAAUGUCAACCACAUUGAUAAACAAA